AUGCAAAGUAAUUGUAUUUUGAAGCCACUGUAAUUGCAACCUUAGGUAAGACCAGUUAUUGUAAUAUAGAAACCACUGAAACCUUUGGCUGGAAUGCAGCAAAAUCUAAAUGAGCAUUUGAACAACAUCAAGAACAUCAUUCCUUAUCAAUUUGUUGAUAAAAGCAGUCCUCAUAUUACAAUUUGUAAGAUAAAUGAAUAAAUUUGAGGUGGAUUGACUCCUAAGAUAACAGAACAAUCAUUAAGACUAGUAUGUGCAGAAUAUGGAAAUGUUGUGAGUAUCUCUUUACGAGCAUACUAUAAAGAUGUUCAGGCCUAAAUUGUAGCUAAUGUUACAUAUGAAAAUACCUCAUCAGCAUAGCAUGCUUAUAUGGAAUUGCAAAAGAAGGUAGAAAAUGGAUUUCAUUUUCAACUUUAGUAAAAUUUUAAAUUGAGUGUAGUUAUGGAGGUCCAUGUUAUCAAAGUACAUCCAAAAUAGUGAAAAUAAAGUUGCCUAAUCCAUAGAUAAGGGGAAUAAUAGAUAAAUUGGCUAGACAAGUAGUGAAAGAAGGAGCACAAUUUGAGCAGAUGAUUAAGUAAAGGGAGAUAAAUAAUAAUAAAUACGCGUUUUUAUAUUUGGUAUGUGGUGAUAGAGAUGAUCUUAGUAAUCUGAGGAGAAUGAGUAUUACAAAUGGAGAGUGUAUUCAUUUCAGAAUGGUGAUGAUGAGAAGUAAUGGAAGUAGGAACCCUAUUAUUUCAAUUUGAGUGAACGCAUUUACAUUCCACCUGCAAUAGAAGUAGAAGAGGCUCCCUCAUUUGCCAAGAAGGAAUUGGAAAAGGCUUAAAGUAAAGUGCAACAUUAAAAUCAUAGUUACGACCAAAAAUAAGAAGGCUCAAUAUUAUGUGUUAGAGGAUUAGGAUAGAUUGACACUUAGUCAGAUGUUAAGGGAAUUGAAUACUUAGAAGUAAUUAAGCAAUUUAAGGAUAGACAUACAAUAGGAAAGGCAAUGGUGUUCUGUAUUGACCAUCAGAACUGCCCAGCAGAUCUGAUGUUGAUUUUAGAGGAUUCACUCUUAAAUGAUUCUCUGUGGUCUAUGAAAGUAUUUAGCUUAUAUUAAUGUUAGCUUGCUCGUUUGUAUUUGAUUUCAGAUAUUUUGAAUAACUGUAAUCAGAAUUUCAAGAGCUACAUAUAGUGGUGUUUGCCUAAGAUUUUUAGUAAUUUGGAUCAGUUGCUGCCUUAUAAAGAGAAAGUAAUGUGUUAUGCAUAUGAUAAAUAAAAGAUUUUGAAAUUGUUGUAAUGUUGGCGAGAGUAGAAUUUGUUUGACCAAAAGUACUUGAAGGGAUUAGAGUUGUCCUUUUUGAUGAAAGAACAGUCAAUCCAAAUUGAGAGCAUCUCCUCAUAGCUUUAUAAAGUCGAUGGUUAUUUUAUUGAAGGAAAAACUCGCUCAUGUUGAUGAUGAGACACUUGAUCGAAUCUGCCGAAUCAAGGGACUGUGUUCUUAGGGUCCUCGUGAUACCCUAAUCCAACGUUUAAUUGAGCAUAAGUUCUAUAACCGAGCCAACCACGACGUCUCGCUUGAACAAGUGUCCAAAUUUGUUCAAGUUUAUCGUUACAUCGUUGAUAAGGUAUUUGUGAUCUAUACUAUCAUCAAAUCAAAGGAUCACUAAACUAUAAUAUCAUCCUAGAAGCAAUCAUUUACUACAUAAAUCCAAAUGAUGCAAGAAUUUCUAAAACUCUUAUAGAAGAGGUUAACAUUAUAUUACCUUUAGAUAUAAAAAUAUUAUAAGCAGAGACGGAGAGGAAAUAGAUGCAGUAGAUGAAAGAAUUUAUGAGUUCAACAAACACAUUGAGAUCUAGAGAGCUGAGCGAAAUCUCUAUCUAAACAUAGACGGCAAAGAUCUUACUGAAGAAGACAUCAGAACAAUCGAGGAUAAGAAGGUUCAGGUUGUCACCAAUUAUGAACUAACUUAUCUACAACCAAAACCUCCUUUGCCUCCUCCUCCAACAGAUCCAAUUGAAGUAAUAUUAUCACCUAGAUUCCAGAUUGAAGUCUAAUAAUAUAGAGAUAUUCUCUUUUAAAGUGGAUUGUAUGAUCCUUUCAAAAUAGAGGAAUUCUCUAAAUCUAAAAGAGCUCAAUUGAUUAAGGCUGAUCAAUUGAAGAAGGAGAGGGAGAAACAAUUGCUACUGAAGUAACAAUAAGAAUAGAGAGAGAGAGAAAAAGAAAGAGAGAGGGAAAGGGAACGAGAGAGAGAAAAAGAGAGAGAAAAGGAAAGAGAAAGAGAAAGAGAGAAGGAACGUGAGAGAGAAAAGGAAAGAGAAAGAUAGCGACAUCAUAGUAAUUAUAUAGCAUCUACGUUAUCAUAGGUCGUAAUAACAAAAGAAGUAGUUCAAGUUCUGGAUCAGACAAAAGGAAUUAGAAGAAAAGGUUUGAAGGAAAAUAUGACCAAAAAUAUGAUCAAAAAUAUGAUUAGAAACAUUAUAAGAGAAGAUCCAGAUCAAGAAGCAAUUCAAGAAAAAAGAAAGCUCAAAACAAAAAGAGAUGAGUAAAAUAUAAU